AGAGACACAUGUCAUAAAUGUAUAAAGAUAAUUUUAUAUUACAUAAUGCCUCAGACACAAAAAUAUGCAUGUCAUUGACCCGUUGCGUAGUGGGGGUGAUACACCACCAUGUGCUCUCAUGACGUGUGACGAGAGCGCGCAUCAUCAGCGCUCAAAUUCUAAUCGUGCACUUUUCCAACUGUAUUCUACGACAUUGUGUAGUGUGUAGGGUGGUCGAGGAGUUUGCCUUUAAAGCAUAUUUCUAAUUUCUCACUGACUGUUUCAUUUAUAUAUUUUUUACGGCUUGCUUUGCUGCCUUGUCUUUUGUCACAUAUAACAAAGCCGAGCGCAAUGCACACCUGCCAGAGAUUGUAGCGACAAGCGCUGUUGAGUGAAAAGCUGGUGUCUUUAUGGAGGGGUUGGUCACUGUUGAACAAAGCCAGUUUUAAAUGGUCUGGUUCAAGUUAUUAUCUGGAUUUCUUCAUCAAAACUGGGAUCUAUGAGCGGGAAAGCAUUACUCAAGAUUAAAGAAGAUAAGGAUGCAACCAAGGUUUACACAGUACAAGAUGGCAAGGAGUAUAUUCUCUUGCGGGCGGAGUCAACUCAGUCUAUUGCAGUAGAUCCAAAAGAAUACUCAUCAUUUCAUAAUAAAUGUCAAGAACUCUUUUGCUGUCCAUUCUGGAAAAUCUCCAUACUAAAGAAAAAAGAGAAUAUUGAAGAGCCCCAGCUCAAGGGGAUAGUCACCAAGCUCCACAGUCGACAGGGCUUUCAUCUUCAGCUACAGGCUGAUGGGACCAUCGAUGGUACAAAGGAGGAAGAUAACAGUUAUGCUAUUUUCAACCUUAUCCCUGUUGGGCUACGGGUGGUGGCCAUACAGGGUGUCCAGACAAAGCUCUACCUGGCCAUGAACAAUGAAGGCUACCUGUACACCUCUGAACACUUCACACCAGAGUGCAAAUUCAAAGAGUCCGUGUUUGAAAACUAUUACGUGACCUACUCGUCAAUGAUCUAUCGGCAGCAGCAGUCGGGCCGAGGCUGGUACCUGGGUCUCAACAAAGAAGGUCAAAUCAUGAAGGGCAACCACGUAAAGAAGACCAAGGCUGCUGCACACUUCAUCCCCAAACCUCUCAAAGUUGCUAUGUACCGAGAGCCGUCACUCCACGACCUGACCGAGUUUUCACGCUCCGGAAGCGGCACUCCAACCAAGAGCCGCAGCGCCUCGGCUAUGCUCAACGGCGGCAAGACUUUGAGCCAGAACGAGUCGACAUAACCUGCGGUCUGCUGCUGUACGGCUGCUGGACUCUACCAUCAACAAAACAGCACAAAUGUGUUUACAAGAGUGCAGCGAAACCCUUAACUGGUGUUUCCUGAAAUCACUGUGAUGAGAACUCAAGUGCGAAACCUUUCCAAGAAAACCUACAUUGUACAAUUUUCUGCAGGUCAACCUUGUGAGACAAAGAAAUCAAGCCAUCUUACUGACGUGGGGAUCUGCGUUUGUGGGCAAUCCUCGUUUCCAUGUGUAGCAUACAGAGCUGUGGUUCUCUCUUAGGUCUUUGCCUCUUCCAUGACAUUGUUACAGAAACACAACAUUUGUGUUUUGCUCCAUUUUUCCUAGGGAUGCUAACUCAAUAGUGCAAAAUGACGAUAGCAGCUUCUGAGACCUAUUUAUUGGUAGAAGCAGAAACCCAAAGGUUUUGGACAUAUGAUAAAAGUCUUUCUGCUUAGCCUUUUUGAUGCAUUGUCGUGUGCUUUUUAGGGGAGCCGUUUUGCCCCUCUUGGAGUCGUCUCUUACUGUGAUUUUAACCUCCUGCCACAUAUCGCUAUUCUGCUAAUUAAAAAGAUUUAGAGUUUGGUCUGUCUGCACACCAAAGAUCUCAUUAGUCCCUAUGUAUGGAUGAGAGUUAGUUUAUGUCUGCUUUCUCAGACAGAUGGUUACGAAUACAGAAAGAACGAAUGUCACGUAGGCGUAUCUGAAGGCUACUCUUUGUGUAUGUAUGAUUUAUCUCUGCUUUAUAUCUGUCUACCUAUCUUAUUUUGGAAUCCAGGAUAUUGGAUAGAAACUCAAAUAAGAAAAUGUCUAAAUUAUUGAUUAGGAUCCACCCAGCUAAUAUUUCUAAUAAAACAGGUAUUUGCUGUUCUUUGUGAAUGAAAAUGAAAUGAAAACUAGCAUUGUUUCAACAGGGCUAAAUAAGCGGAAGUAAAUCAUUUAUGAAGGAGAAUUUAUUUUUGUUGACAUAUACUUUAUAGUCAUCAGUAGUCAGGCAGCAACCCUGGUUAUAUUUUCAGUCAAAUUCCUCUUUUGUUCUUGUGUGUAUCAGGCAUUUUUAAUGCAUGGGGACAGUGAACACUGCAUGUUGUGUGGCUACGUAUAUUACCUAAUAAUAUGGAACCAUGUGCUCUUAUGGAUACCGGAGUAAAAUACAAGUGUAUAUACAGUGUGCGUUUUAUCCUGCUACCUGCCCGUUUAUUAGUUGUUGUACAUUUAAGAAGCUGCACCGAAUAAAAUGUUUUGUAUGUUCAGAGCA